UUCUGCCUUGGCCUCCCAAAGUGCUGAUAUUAUAGGCGUGAACCAUCACACACGACCCUAAAAAUGUUUAUUCUCUUUUUGAGGUGUUUCUUCUUUCAACAUGUCAUGAUUUGCAAUAAGACUUUAGGUUUGAUUGCCACUCCAUUAUUAUUUGUCCGCAUUUAUGAGGCCAGACUCACCCCAGGCACUUGUUUAUGAAAUCGGACAUGACUCAUUGAUCUACGAGCAUCGAUUCCUAGAACAAUCAACAGACUGAAAGAAAUGCACCCAAACAUAAAUCACUGUAUGCAUUCACCAACGCAAAAGGAAAAUUCUCAUUUGUUUUACGUUUCGUUUCCAAAUAUGAUAUACCAGGAGAGAUCCCAGCUUGAUAUCAAUUAGAAAAAAAAUACUGUAAGAAAAUUGCAAAGCACCAGAGGACAUUUUGAACCUUGGGAGAGGACUAGGUUAAACUCCAUUGAUCAAAAUAACUGUGCUCAUUCUGGAUUAGAGCCCCACAGCCACCUGAUCAGAGCCUUUAUAUCUGCAACCAGCAGCAAUUUUUCCACUAAUGAGCCACACACGGUGCAACUUUAAGGUUCUGCGAACCCAAUCGUGAUUUUUUUGUUCACCCAUAAGACAUUAGUCUUUAACCAUGGGGGAUUGGAACUUAUUGGGUGGCAUCCUAGAGGAAGUUCACUCCCACUCAACCAUAGUGGGGAAAAUCUGGCUGACCAUCCUCUUCAUCUUCCGAAUGCUGGUACUUCGUGUGGCUGCUGAGGAUGUCUGGGAUGAUGAACAGUCAGCAUUUGACUGCAACACCCGGCAGCCAGGUUGCAACAAUAUCUGUUAUGAUGAUGCAUUCCCUAUCUCUUUGAUCAGGUUCUGGGUUUUACAGAUCAUCUUUGUGUCUUCUCCUUCUUUGGUCUAUAUGGGCCAUGCACUUUAUAGGCUGAGGGCCUUUGAGAAAGAGAGACAAAGGAAAAAGUCACACCUUAGAGCUCAGAUGGAGAAUCCAGAGCUUGACUUGGAGGAGCAGCAAAGAAUAGAUAGGGAACUGAGGAGGUUAGAAGAGCAGAAGAGGAUCCAUAAAGUCCCUCUGAAAGGAUGUCUGCUGCGUACUUAUGUCUUACACAUCUUGACCAGAUCUGUGCUGGAAGUAGGAUUCAUGAUAGGCCAAUAUAUUCUCUAUGGAUUUCAAAUGCACCCUCUUUACAAAUGCACUCAACCUCCUUGCCCCAAUGCAGUGGAUUGCUUUGUAUCCAGGCCCACUGAGAAGACAAUUUUCAUGCUUUUUAUGCACAGCAUUGCAGCCAUUUCCUUGUUACUCAAUAUACUGGAAAUAUUUCAUCUGGGCAUCAGAAAAAUUAUGAGGACACUUUAUAAGAAAUCCAGCGGUGAGGGCAUUGAGGAUGAAACAGGUCCUCCAUUCCAUUUGAAGAAAUAUUCGGUGGCCCAGCAGUGUAUGAUUUGCUCUUCCUUGCCUGAAACAAUCUCUCCACUUCAAGCUAACAAUCAACAGCAAGUCAUUCGAGUUAAUGUGCCAAAGUCUAAAACCAUGUGGCAAAUCCCACAGCCCAGGCAACUUGAAGUAGACCCUUCCAAUGGGAAAAAAGACUGGUCUGAGAAGGAUCAGCACAUUGGACAGCUCCAUGUUCACAGCCCAUGUCCCUGGGCUGGCAGUGCUGGAAAUCAGCACCUGGGACAGCAAUCAGACCAGUCUUCAUUUGGCCUGCAGAAUACAAUGUCUCAGUCCUGGCUAGGUACAACUACGGCUCCUAGAAACUGUCCAUCCUAUGCAAUAGGAACCUGGGAGCAGUCCCAGGACCCAGAACCCUCAGGUGAGCCUCUGACAGAUCUUCAUAGUCACUGCAGAGACAGUGAAGGCAGCAUGAGAGAGAGUGGGGUCUGGAUAGAGAGAUCUCGCCCGGGCAGUCGCAAGGCCAGCUUUCUGUCCAGAUUGUUGUCUGAAAAGCGACAUCUGCACAAUGACUCAGGAAGUUCUGGUUCUCGGAAUAGCUCCUGCUUGGAUUUUCCUCACUGGGAAAACAGCCCCUCACCUCUGCCUUCAGUCCCUGGGCACAGAACAUCAAUGGUAAGACAGACAGCCCUAUCGAUCAUGGAACUAUCCCAAAAACUGUUCCAUCCUGGAUGCUUUCUUUUUCCUUUCUUCCUUCCUGGGGUGUGUAUGUAUGUUUCUGUUGACAGAGAGGCAGAUGGAGAGGGAGAUUAUUUAUGGAGAGAUAAAAUUAUUCAUUCAAUACAUUCAGUUAAAUUCAAUUCAUAAAAUAGAAAAAACUUAUACCAAUUGCUUUUAUAAGUGCUGGGCAUAUAAAUGGAUAAAUGGAUAAAAUGGACAUCAAAGGACUCAGGAUGUAGGAGGAAAAUUUAGACAGGUAAACAUGUAAAUGUAUCAAGUAUAAGGCAUCAUGUUAGUGGGAAUGAGUGAGCAAAGGAGGGAGUGGUCAUAUGGAUAGGUCAGGGAAAGGUUCGUAGUUGAAGUUACCUUGAACUGAAUCUUGAAAGAUGUGACAAGUUUUUCCAAAACUGGGAGGACUGGGGCACAUGAAAGAAGCCAUCCUGGUAGAGGGAGUAGCACAGAUAAAGUCUAAGAGGUGAGACACAGCAGUGCUGUCUGAGGAACUGUGUGCGGCUAGAGCACAGGGUGGUAGGAGGGCGCAGAGGGAGGGAAGGCUGGAGAAGUGGGCAUGGAGGCCCUGUAGGGAAGCCAUAGAGAACUGACAGAGGAUGUGGAGCAGAGGAGGGACCGGAUCAGAGUUGCAGUUUAGAAAGUCCUUCUGUCACAGUAUAGAAAACGGUCCAGAGGAGGGAUCAUUUGUAAACUUGAGUUGCCUUCGUCUCACUAAAAAAGGAGGGUGUACUUCAUUCUUUUAAUAUCUUUGACAUUUCAAAGUCAUAUAUCAAUAUUUGGUGAUAUAUUUUACAAAGACAAGAAUCAAUAUUGUAUUGAUUUUAAUUUUGUUCUCUGAAAAACCACUGUGGGAUAAACAUUUCUUACCCAUUAUAAACAUGAAAUGGAUAUUUACUGUGGAUUCUUCUCAAUUCUGGAACAAAGGAUGACACUUGCUUCCUCACUGCUCCCAACAGUCAACUGUUUCCAUUAGAAAGAAAAUUCCCCCAAGGUUGGUGGGGGAGCUUCUGAGUUGGGCUCACAUGCUUGUUUCUUCCUUUGUUCCAUUUUUGUGUGUGUGUGUUGAUAAUGACUGAAUCCCUCUACCCUAGUUUUACAUCUGCUAUGGGUUUUGAUACUGAUGUUACUGUACUACAGCCAUACCAUGAGUGCAAAUCAACCUACUUGGGUUUUUACUAAAAUACUUCUCUCAAACUGAUAUUCAUUUCUUGUCAGUGACCAGCCAUUUAUUCAUGAGACUGUGUUUAGGAUCAAUGUAUGGGUGCUUAGAAACCUAUGCCAAACUAGAGCAGGGUUCUUAACCCUUGCCAUACAUUACAGUCAUCUGGGAGGCUUAAAAGCCAUCAUGCCCAGGACCCAACCAAUUCUAAUUAAGCCAGAAUUUCUGUGGGUGGGAUGCAUGCAUCAAUAUUUUUAAAACUUCCAUGGUAAGUGCAUUGUGCAGCCAGGGUUAAGAACGACUAUUGUAG